GCCCCGCCCUGGGACGCGGAGCGGUGACCUCCAGGCGCGGUAAAUCGCCGCGGCGCCUGGGAUCCAGCGGCCAGUGCACCGCCGCGGUGGGUCCCCGAGGGCUUUCCACGACCUUCGCCUCACGCUUUUAACCCGCCGUCCGGCAGGGGGCCGGGGAAGUCCUCCCAGCCAGGAUCCAUUUCAAACCCUCCCACCUCCACCCGCCGCACCGCGCCUCCCACCCUCCCCCCGCAAUCAUUCCAGGCUCGGCUCCCGCGUGGGGAAGGACAGAGUGAGCGGGCGGCUGGCUGGAGGCCCGAGUCUCGGGGAUUGGUUACAUUUUUCCCCGGGUUAAUUACCACGGGGAGGGAAUCUGAGCUGUGCCUGUCUCGGGCACAACAAGCCUUGUCGCCUGGUGAGAGAAUCUCAAUCUUACUCAGGGGAGUCGUGUUCUCAGACUUGUCAGCAUUUCAGCACCCAGUUAUGACAUGUCACGUGGGCUACUACUGGUAAAAAUGUGAGCAUCCAGAUGAGUGCAUUUUUCACUUUUAAAGGUGUCCGGCUUUGCUGGCCCAGCAAGCCUGAUAAGCAUGAAGCUCUUAUCUUUGGUGGCUGUGGUCGGGUGUUUGCUGGUGCUCCCAGCUGAAGCCAACAAGGUGAGGGAGGUGAGCCUGCAGCACCUGGUCACGACCACCGUGCACGGCCACCCUGUCUACAGGGCUGACUCAGAGAGUUCUGAAGACAUCCGGUGCAAAUGCAUCUGUCCACCUUAUAGAAACAUCAGUGGGCACAUUUACAACCAGAAUGUAUCCCAGAAGGACUGCAACUGCCUGCACGUGGUGGAGCCCAUGCCAGUGCCUGGCCAUGACGUGGAGGCCUACUGCCUGCUGUGCGAGUGCAGGUACGAGGAGCGCAGCACCACCACCAUCAAGAUCAUCAUUGUCAUCUACCUGUCUGUGGUGGGUGCCCUGUUGCUCUACAUGGCCUUCCUGAUGCUGGUGGACCCUCUGAUCCGAAAGCCGGAUGCAUACACUGAGCAACUGCACAAUGAGGAGGAGAAUGAGGAUGCUCGCUCUAUGGCAGCAGCUGCUGCAUCCCUCGGGGGACCCCGAGCAAACACAGUUCUGGAGCGCGUGGAAGGUGCCCAGCAGCGGUGGAAGCUGCAGGUGCAGGAGCAGCGGAAGACAGUCUUCGAUCGGCACAAGAUGCUCAGCUAGAUGGGCUGGUGUGGUUGGGUCAAGGCCCCAACACCAUGGCUGCCAGCUUCCAGGCUGGACAAAGCAGGGGGCUACUUCUUCCUUCCCUCGGUUCCAGUCUUCCCUUUAAAAGCCUGUGGCAUUUUUCCUCCUUCUCCCUAACUUUAGAAAUGUUGUACUUGGCUAUUUUGAUUAGGGAAGAGGGAUGCGGUCUCUGAUCUCUGUUGUCUUCUUGGGUCUUUGGGGUUGAAGGGAGGGGGAAGGCAGGCCAGAAGGGAAUGGAGACAUUCGAGGCGGCCUCAGGAGUGGAUGCGAUCUGUCUCUCCUGGUUCCACUCUUGCCGCCUUCCAGCUCUGAGUCUUGGGAAUGUUGUUACCCUUGGGAGAUAAAGCUGGGUCUUCAGGAACUCAGUGUCUGGGAGGAAAGCAUGGCCCAGCAUUCAGCAUGUGUUCCUUUCUGCAGUGGUUCUUAUCACCACCUCCCUCCCAGCCCCAGCACCUCAGCCCCAGCCCCAGCUCCAGCCCUGAGGACAGCUCUGAUGGGAGAGCUGGGCCCCCUGAGCCCACUGGGUCUUCAGGGUGCACCUGGAAGCUGGUGUUCGCUGUCCCCUGUGCACCUCGCACUGGGGCAUGGAGUACCCAUGCAUACUCUGCUGCCGGUCCCCUCACCUGCACUUGAGGGGUCUGGGCAGUCCCUCCUCUCCCCAGUGUCCACAGUCACUGAGCCAGACGGUUGGUUGGAACAUGAGACUCGAGGCUGAGCGUGGAUCUGAACACCACAGCCCCUGUCCUUGGGUCGCCUCUUGUCCCUGAACUUCGUUGUACCAGUGCAUGGAGAGAAAAUUUUGUCCUUCUCUUGUCUUAGAGUUGUGUGUAAACCAAGGAAGCCAUCAUUAAAUUGUUUUAUUUCUCUCA